AUGGAAGGAAUGGCAUCAAUAGCGUUGUUACUAGAUGGCAGCCAUACGGAGGUCAACAUUCUUUUCUCCACAAAUUUCUGCCCUUGGGUAAGAAGUGUGAAGGUUAUCAAUGUUUCCUUAAGUGCUUCCGAGCAAGACAUCAAGGAAUUCUUUUCGUUUUCUGGUGAUAUUGAAUAUAUUGAGAUGAAAAGAAAUGCAUUCGUCACUUUCAAGGAGCCUCAAGGUGCAGAGACUGCAGUUCUACUCUCGGGAGCAACUAUAGUUGACCAAUCUGUUACCAUUGUUCUUGCACCAGAGUACACUCUCCCUCCUUUUACAACUACACUUUCAGAUCAACAAAACACCGCAACAGGGGGGCAAGGUGUGGGAGGUGCUGAAUCUGCUAUUCAAAAAGCAGAAGAUGUCGUGAGCAGUAUGUUGGCAAAAGGUUUCAUACUGGGAAAAGAUGCAGUAAACAAAGCCAAAAUGUUUGAUGAGAAAGUCCAGUUUACAUCAACAGCUGCAGCAAAAGCAGCUACAAUAGACCAGAAGAUUGGUCUAACUGAGAAAAUCAACCUGGGGACAACAUUAGUGAAUGAGAAAGUGAAAGAGAUGGAUCAGAAGUUUCAGGUGUCUGAAAAGACAAAAACGGCCUUUGCGACUGCAGAGCAGACUGUAAGUGUUGCGGGAUCUGCCCUUAUGAAGAACCGGUAUGUGCUGACUGGGACCGCCUGGGUCGCCGGAGCUUUCAGCAGGGUGACGAAAGCCGCCGGAGAAGUGGGACAGAAGACCAUGGAGAAGGUGGCGGUGGAAGAACAGGCGGCUGGAACGGGAACCACCAGGACUACUCAUCAAGAACCACCGCCUACUUCUACACACCCUGCUACUAGUUGAACAAGAGCACCACAUGAUCAGGUCUUGUUGCUUCAGUCAAGUGUUAGGCUGUAGAUUAUGCAGGAUUUAUGGAUUUUAUUAUUAUGAA